AUGAACUUGGCACUUGUUUUAGGCACAAAUGUAGCUCGUAAAGCUUAUCGCUUUCUCUUCACCUCCAGAAAAUUCUGCAAUGGGAGCUUCGGUGAUGAUGAUAACGAUAAUGGGUUCCUUGAUUUAGAUUCGAAUUGUGGAUUUGACGAGGAAACAAGUGUCGAUGAGCAUGAAAGCUUCAAUCGAGAAGAAAUCUCUGUUCGUAGUAGGUUUUUGGAAAGUGCCAAGCUUGGUGCGUCUCGUAUUCUCGAGAGAUUAAAGGAAGAUGAAUCUGGAUUCAGUACAAACUCAGCUUUAGAUGAGUUGAAUGUUAGAGUCUCAGGGCUUCUCGUUAGGGAGGUUCUUGGAGGGAUCUUAAGGAACUUGUCUUAUGAUGAUAAUAAGACCAGAUGUGCGAAACUAGCUUACAGAUUCUUCAUUUGGUCUGGAGAACAAGGAUGUUUCAGUCACACAGUGAAUUCUUAUCAUUUGCUUAUGAAGAUAUUUGCAGAGUGUGGAGAGUAUAAGGCAAUGUGGAGAUUAGUUGAUGAGAUGGUUCAAGUCGGAUACCCGACAACUGCGAGGACGUUUAAUUUGUUGAUUUGUAGUUGCGGUGAAGCAGGUUUGGCGAAACAAGCUGUUGUGCAGUUCAUAAAGUCGAAGACUUUCAAUUACCGGCCUUUCAAACACUCUUAUAACGCGAUUUUGAAUUCUUUGCUAGGUGUAAAGCAGUAUAAAUUGAUUGAGUGGGUUUACGAGCAGAUGUUAGAAGACGGGUUUUCGCCUGAUGUUCUAACUUAUAACAUCCUCAUGUGGACAAACUAUAGGUUGGGGAAAAUGGAUCGGUUCGACAGGCUGUUUGAUGAGAUGGCUCGAGAUGGUUUGCCUCCGGAUUUCUAUACAUACAACAUUAUGCUGCACAUUUUGGGGAAAGGAAAUAAACCGCUUGCUGCUCUUACCACAUUGAGCCAUAUGAAGGAAGUGGGGAUCAACCCGAGCGUCAUCCAUUUCACUACUUUGAUAGACGGUCUGAGCCGUGCAGGGAAUCUAGAAGCGUGCAAGUACUUUCUAGAUGAAAUGGUGAAAGUUGGGUGCACGCCGGAUGUUGUCUGUUACACCGUGAUGAUUACAGGUUAUGUUGUAUCCGGGGAGCUCGAUAAAGCGAAGGAGAUGUUCAAAGAAAUGACGCUAAAAGGGCAGUUACCGAAUGUUUUCACAUACAACUCGAUGAUUCGCGGGUUGUGUAUGGCGGGAGAGUUCAAAGAGGCAUGUUGGUUGCUAAAGGAAAUGGAAUCUAGAGGGUGUAACCCGAAUUUCGUAGUGUAUAGUACAUUGGUGAGCUAUUUAAGAAAGGCAGGGAAGCUUUCAGAGGCUCGCAAGGUAAUAAGAGAUAUGGUGAAGAAAGGACAUUAUGUUCAUUUAGUUCCUAAGAUGAUGAAAUAUAGGAGAUGUUCAGGGUUUUAA